AUGAUGGAGAGAAAUGAAUCACGAAAAUAUCUCCAACAUUGGCUUAAUAAUUCUAAUCGACCAUUGUUGAUUGUUGGAGCAGCUUAUAGUGGAAAAACAUUUUUUGCUAAAUCGCUGGAAAAUGAACCACAAUUAGCAGCAAUACAUUAUUGCACCAAAAUUGACCCGGAAUCAUUGGAAACUGGAACCAUUUUACGGAAUAUUGCUUGGCAACUUGUUAAUCGCUUUCCGAAUUUAGUCAUCCCAAAGCUCGCAUCAGUAACAUUCCUAGCACAUCAGAAUAGUGCAUUGCACCAUUUCCUUAUCAAACCACUUCAAUCACUUCCAAUACCAAAAGUAUUAUCAUUCAUAUUGAUCGAUGGAAUUCAGAAAGAAAUUAUUCCACUUAUAAAUCAGCUGACUAAAUCAUUACCAAGCUGGUUGAAAUUAGUGAUAACAUCACGAACACUGCAUGAUAAUGAAUUGAAAAAUUUUGAUCGUUUUGUUGUUUUAAAUAUUGAUGAAAAUCCAAAUGAAUUAAUCGAUUUUAUCCGUGAAAAAUUACCACAAAUCGAUUCUGACUGUGUAUUUGAAUGCUGUCAGGGUUCAUGGUUCUAUAUUUCACAAUAUUCUCGAGCAUUAAAUGCAAAUCUACUUACCUUACCAUCAACUUCACGUUCAUCUAACGAUGAUGACUUGUUUACCUUAUCAUCGCAUCGUUGCAAUUUCAUUCCCAACGGUGUUUCUGCUCUUUUAGCAGCAAUUGAAUGCGAACUACCGACACAUCUUAAUUUGUAUUUGCAAUUAAUAACUGCAAGUCGUCGUCCACCAACACGACAACGUCUUAUUGCUGCUAUCGUCCUUACAGCUAAUCGUCCAACAAAUUUGAUAGAAUCUGAUUUACAUGAAUGUGAACCAAUUUUAGAAUGUACUGAUCCAUUAAUUUUAAAUGGUGCUUGGCGUGAACGUUUUAUCAGUGAUAAUGAAUGUGAAGAAGGUCAUACAUUAUGGGCGCAAUUUAUUCAACGAACGGGUUGUGAUACAUUACAAACACUUAUCGAAUUCGCAUAUCAUUUAGCUCAUUCUGGUGAAUUGCAUUAUUUGGAUCGAAUUAGGAUAUUACGUGAAUUUGGUGCAGAUAUGAUCGAGCUUAAGUGUCCUGUAUUUGAUUAUAUGACAACUGAUUUGUUAGUUAAGGCUGGUGCAGUCAUUUUGAACCAACGUCAACAAAAGCAUGAUUUUGUGUUCGCUUGCACAUCUGGCGAUUGGACAAGUGUUAUGAAUUUAUUGGAUGCAGUAAGCAUUGAUGAACUACGCUCAGGACUUAUUGCAGCAUCUAGUCGUGGACAUGCAGAUAUUUGCAAAUUGAUACUGCAAGCUGAUCCACAUGCAGCGAAUUAUGUUGACUCACAACAAUGGAAUGCAUUACGAUCUGCUGCAUGCAACAAUCAUGAUAAUGUUGUCGAUCUGCUUAUUCAAAAUGGUGUGGAAGUGGAUGAAUGUGGUGAAGGUGGACGAACAGCGCUUCGUGCUGCAGCAUGGAGUGGACAUGAAUGUGUUGUACAACGUUUACUAAAAUGUAAUGCAAAUGUUGAUAAACAGGAUGCAGAAGGUCGUACAGCACUUAUGGCUGCUGCAUUCAUGGAUCAUGCAAACAUUGUUAGCAUACUUCUGGCUGAUGGAGCAUCACCAAAUAUUAUGGACAAUUAUGGAUCAACAGCACUUCAUUUAGCACUUUCGUCAGGUGCACAAACUUCUGAUCAUAAUGAAACUGUUGCGAUGCUUAUCAAAGGUGGAGCAAAUUUGAAUUUGGAAGAUAUGAAUGGCCGAAAUUGUUUACAUAUUGCUGCUUAUCAUGGUGAUCAGAAUCUUCCAACAAUUAUCGAUUUCAUUCAAAAUAUUGAUGCUCAGGAUCACAAUGGUCGUACUUCAUUGAUGCUUGCAUCAAGUCAAGGUCAUCUGAUUGCUUGUCAACAGCUAAUUGAACAUGGUGCUGAUACCGAUGCUAUUGAUGAAUUUGGUCGUACAGCCUUAAUUAUAGCUGCAAUCAGUGGUUUCUUGGAUGUUUGCGAGAUGCUGGUCAGUUUUGGAGCUGAUGAAGGUCAUAAGGAUAAUGAUGGUGCGGUGGCAUUGCAUUAUGCAGUUGCACAUUCAGACUUGCAAUUAUGCAAAUCAUUAAUUACUUCAACUACUGUUCAAGCUACUGACACGCGUGGUGUACAUCCAUUACUUAUUGCUGGACAACGUUCCUCAGUUCCGAUAGUGGAAGAACUGUUAAAAGUUGGCGCACCUAUACAUUUGCAAUCACAUGAUGGUUUAUCACCACUUCGUGCUGCAGCAAUUAGUCGUAAUGAAAAAGUUUUGAAAUAUCUUUUAGAAUAUCUCCGAAAAAAUGGUGAAAAAUUGGAGCUAGAUGAGCUUGAUCUCGAUGGCGUACCAUUAAUUCAUACAUUACUUGUUUUACGUGAUAGAUCUAUGGUUACAAUGUUACUUGAAUAUGGUGCUUCAGCUACGGUACGUGAUUCACAUGGACGAAGUUGUGCGCAUAUCGUUGCACAGUUAAAUGAUCUUAAAUUAGCUGCUAUUGUUCGAAAAUAUGGAGCAGAAUUUGAAGCACGUGAUGAAGAUGGUCGUACACCAUUAAUGUUCGCUGUUUGGUCAUCUAAUUAUAAAAUUUGUCAUUACAUGUUAGAAACUAUUGGAGUAGCACCAAAUGCUGCUGAUUAUCAGGGUGCAACAGCAUUAAACAUAGCAGCUAAUAACGGACAACGUGAUAUAGUUAUGCUAUUGCUAAGAUUUGGUGCUGAACCAUCAAUUUGUGAUAAUUUAGGUCGUUGUGCAUCUGAUGUAGCACAACUUGCAGGACAUGAUCAUAUCAGGCAAAUUCUAAAAAGUGCCAAUGGUUCAGCGGAUAGUUCAGGAUUUGGUUCAUUGCCAAGCAGUCCAAUACAACAAUCAAAUUCUAAAUUUUUUUUACAACAACGAAAUAUUGGAUCGUUGAAAUCGAGCAAUAAUUCGCAUGGUAUUACAACAAAAUGCAAUACUUUAAAAAUUAGUCAUUAA